AUGGAAUUAGGAAGAUCAGAAGAGGCGUUGCAUGUUUACGAAAAAGCUAACUUUAAAUAUCCCUCGUACAAUUUAGUGAGUCAAUGGUUUGCUAAGGCAUUGGAAGAUUUCAAUUAUGGUCGUAUGGGGACAGCUAGUGGACAAAUGGCUAGAUUCGAAGACGUUAGUAACUUACCAAGUCGUGAAUAUUAUUUUUGGCAGGCAUUAUGCAUUGUGGCCCAAUUCAAAUUCCAAAAAUAUACUAUGUCUGAACAAGAAACUAAAAUUUUACCACAAUUGGUAUAUAAAAAUUUAUGUAACAUCAGACCGUUCCAAACUAACCAAGAAAUUAUUGUAUUUGGUUUUGUUAUUGAAGAAUUUUUCUUUAGUGAUAAAGAAAAAGUUGAAGAACUUAUCAAUCUAAUUAUCCCGGAACUAUCUAAAUCGGUUGACUUAUAUUUCAAAAAUUUUCUAGUGAAAUUUUUGGACCAACUGGGCAAUUAUCAGCUUUUAUUUGAAAGUUGCCAUACAAUUCUCAAAAGUAUCGAUGACUUUGAAGUGAUUAAGUCGUUAUUAAAGGCAGGAAAGGAGUUAGGUAGAACUAAAAUUGAACUCUUCGAGAUAAUUGAUUCUUUUGUAGGAGAUUCCAGAAACUCUAGAUUGGGAAGAUUGGAAGGUGAUCUUAUUUUCAAUGACGAAAUUACUGAAGCAUCCCUCUUCCACUACACUGAAAAGCUUCACAAUAAACCAUGCUUUGCAGUUGAUAUAUCAUAUUAUAAAACUAAGAUUCCAGAUGAGUUGCUAAAGAAAGUGAUGUCUAAUUUUGAUUCCGAUUUAAUUCAUGAUGCAAAUGUUUUUGCUCUGUCAGUACAUGAUCUUGAUAGUGUGCAAUAUUUCAGUAAACAUAAGGAAACGUUAGCUAACAAAUCCAAGACUGAUUAUUCAAAAUGUUCCACUUUUAUUUUAGAUAUUGUUAAGGGACGGAUUUUUGGGAAAAACCCCACAUUAAAUGACCUUGUUCUAUCUUUAACGAUACUAGAGAAUUAUCAACAACAAGACCCUUAUAAUUUCGACACUUGUGUUUGGUUAAUUGCAAUUUAUAUAUAUCUGGGUCUCAUUCCAUUGGCAUAUUCCCACUACGAAAAUCUGAAAAUAAAAAAUGUCCAAUGUGAUUCUCUCGAUUAUAUGAUAUACUCGAGAUUUUCUUCCUUAUUCCCUGCUAAACAACAUGACCUUCUGAACAAGACGUUCGAAGAACAUAAUAAAUUAUACACCAACUCUUUAACGAAUCUACCUCAAUUCAUCAAAAUAGCUUUUGAAAGGAAAUCCUACAGUAAAAUCAUAGGUAUGCUACAAUUUAGAGAACAGUUAGAGCAUUCUUUAGUCCGAUGGAUGAAGACCUGUGAUUUAGCACAAUUACGUCGUUUAUCUAACGAUAAACGUGCACAGUUGCUAAAAAUAAUGCACCAAGGAUGGGAAACAAGAAAGUUAACCGGAGCUACAGAAUGGAGUGAUAAUAGAGAUUGGACAAUCUUCGAGAAGAAUAUGAAGUCUUCAGAAUUACCAGAUAUUUUAUCUCCUAUGAAUAUCAGGAACGAAUGGGUCACACUUAACUUCCUUAAGGAAUUCAUGAUCGAGGCAAUCCCGUCAGGGAAGCAAUUGGAGCAUAUAGAUACUGAAUUAGAGAAACUGUUCUCCGAGCAAACGUUUGAGUCGGUGCUGACAGAGAAUUUCACAUCUGUGGAAUCUUGGUCCUUUAAGAUAUUUUAUGAUUUAUACAAAAAUGACGGUAAGGAAUUACGAAAAUUAUUGGAAGAAGUCGCUACUACAUUAAGUGACACGACGGCUUGGAAAAUGACACAUUAUUAUUUGAUUCAAUUAUCUACUUUGAAAACUUUAGACAAUUUCAAGAGAAUUAAAGACACGAAAAUUAAGCAACUUAUCAAGGAGAAUAUACAACGUUUGAGAACAUCCUCUGAUUUGAAAUUUAAGAAUUAUUCAUCUCAAUUAUCAAAGGCAUCUGAAAACUUGAAAAAGGGUAGCAAUUUGGAACUACUAGAGGCACUUGGUUAUGAUCCAUUGGGUGCAUCCGGCUUACACGCGGCCCUAUUGACCGUCCAAAAGGCAGUUAAAAACUUAUAG